AUUGAGCGGACAGGCAACGACGGCGUCUGCGUGCGUUAACAAUUAUUAUUUUUUUACCAUUUGUUUUUGUUGUGCAUUGAAGCCUUGUUUUGAUUUAAACGAGACAAAAAAGUUUUGAAUUAAGUGUCCGUAAAUGUGAUUUACGUGCGUUGUAAUUGAUCAAUUCAAGUCGAUGUUAUUGUUGUUAUUGCGGUUUUAAAACGCCAAAAGUAAAGUAAACUCGUUUACCAACACAGACGGUGUGUUUGUAUUUGUUUGCAUUUGCCUUUGCUCUUGCUUUUGCUUGUGUGAUGUUGCGCGCGGCAUUCAGAUGCAAAUUUCAUGCACCACACACAACAAAAUUAAUGGGGAAAAUUGAAUUAAAGAACUAAAUUAUAUUCAAUGCAUUCCUUUUUGCCGCGCUACAUAAUAACAACCACAACAAAAACAACAGCAGCAACCACCACAAGAGCCAAACGACGACGCCAACGCUGGCAAACACAACAACCACUACAGUUAAUAAACUGUAGCAACAGUUGAGGCGGCAAAAGAUAUAUAAAAUAACAACGUAAAAGAUGUCAUUGACGAAAAAGGAUCCGUCGCUGCGUGUUGCUGCUUCUGAUCCCCAUUUGGUUAGCUUGGGCGGCGGUCGCCUCAGCACCGCUGUCACCAUACACUACAUACAUAUAGGCGACACAACAAUCGGAUCGGCGCCAAGCUGUAGCAUCUCGCUUAACGGUAGCGGAGUCCGUCCACUGCACUGCACCAUAUAUAGAAGCGAGGGCAACGAGGUGACUCUGGUGCCAGAGCCGGAGGCGCGGCUGCUCAUCGACGGCGCUCCUUUGGAUGACGUAGAGGAGGCGAAGUUGACACAGGGUGCCAUGAUAACCAUUGGCAACUCCAACUAUUUGCGUUUCAACAAUCCGGACGAGGCGCAAAUGAUGCGCUCAGCAAUGGGCUCCAACGAGCGCAUCUCCAUGCCGCACAUCGAUUUUACGCAAUCGUCGCGACCCAGCGAUAGCCAAACACUGGAAAUGGAGAGCUUCUACGAGAGCAUCAUCAAUCCCAUCAAGCAUAGCGGCAAUGGCAACAACAGCAAUAGCCACAACAUGGAUCUGCAUGGCGUGCAGUGCCCCAAGGUGUUUAGCUCCGAUCUGGUCACUGUGAAUAUGCCCGCCCGCGAUGUGCUCGGCCAGAAAUAUGCGAGCUUCGCCCGCAAUCUGGCCGAGAAUCAUCGCAGCGAGAAGCAGCUAAACAAUCAAUAUGCCAAAGCCCUAACCGGCAGCGGGGCCAACGGAAUUGGCCAUAAUGCCGGCUACUGCAACGUACCCAGCAAUGCGGCUGUCUUCAAGCAGCAGCAGCAGCAGCAACAGUUGGGGCAUCAGCAGCAGCAGCAGCUGGGCCAGCCAGAGCUCUUGGGCAAGGUGAACAAUGAUCGAUAUGAUCGUUAUCCAAAACCGGGCACCUACACCGCCGGCGGCCUGCAAAUAUUCGCCAUGAACGGCCUCAAUACGGAGCUGAACAGCGGCGCCGAGCUCGAGGAUAUGCUCAAGAUUUGCACCGAGUAUGCGGACCGGCAGCAGCAACAGUUGCAGCACAGCGCCAACAACAGCGGCAGCAGCCAUGCGCUGCACAAUGCCAGCGCCGGCAGCAUUACCUCCUCGCCAAUUGUCCAGAAUCGUAUCAAGACAAACGGCUCGCUGCCCCGGGACAAGAAGCCAGCGUUUCAGCAGCAUGCGGGCAGCAGCUCCAAUUUGGCCCUGAUCAGCAGCACCUCCGGCUAUGAGAAUGUCCGUAUACUGGGUCCGAAUCGAGUCGAGAUCAAUGGCCAGCUGCAUGUGCCUGCCACAGCCGGAACUGGAGGAGCCGCUGCCACUUCGUCAGAGAAUCUGUUGGCCAGCGGCACGACCAAGUAUGUGCCACAAAGUCCGCGCACCAAAAUACGCACCAAUUGCAUGUCGCCCAAGAAGGAUGCAUCCUUUAGUAGCGCCUUUGCGCUGGCUAGCUCCACGCCGACGCAGACGCCGAUGCCGGCGGCGCCAGCAACGAUGGCGUUGGUCAAGCCGCCGUUGGCGCCCAAGCCGCCGGCGCCCAAUCAGCAACGCGACUACGAGCAGCUGUUCAAAUCGUUCGAGCGUAAGCAGCAGAUCGAGCAGCAGCAGCAGCAGCAGCAAAUGCACCAGCAGCAGCAGCAACAUCCGGCCAAGCGCUCCAACAAGAACAUCAACAAUCUUACGCUCAAUCUAAACGAAUCCGCCAGCCAAUCGCCCAAGCCCAGUCGCAAGCCUGCGCCCGCGCCGCGCAGCAUCAAUGCGGAGCAGAGGAAGCGGCGCGAGCUGGAUCAGCGGCACACGCAGCUCAAGCAGGAGCUGGGCGAACUGCCAGACGCCGCCAACAAUCACGAGCUGGCGCCAGAUGAACUGCAGGCCACGUCCACAGCGAAACCCGUGUCGACUCCUCGCCAGCAGCUGCUGGCCCUGCAGAAUCGCAUCCAUCGCCUGGAGGCGCAGCGCAAUGCUACUCGCGUGAUGGAGGAGAAUCAGCAGGCCAAGCUGAAGCAGUCCAUUGAGAUGAAGCAGGAUCAGCUGAAUAAACUGCGCGCCAUGCUGAAACAGAAGCCGAACAAUGCCUGCCUGAAGGAGGAGCUGGAGCAUGUGUGCGAGUCGCUGGACAGCGAUCGUAAGGCAUUUGAGGAUCUGGAGUUUCAAUAUUUCGAGGAGGAGUCGGAGCAUCAUGCUUGCCACGAGGACCUCAAGCGACAGGAGCAGCGUCUCAUCUUGGAAACGGAGCUGGCGUCGUUGCACAUACAGCUGGGACGCGACGAGCAGCCAGAAGAGGAGGAGUCGCACGCAGUGUCCAACACAAGCGGACGCAGCACGCCCACUGCCAAUGGCAGCAGCAAUCUGAUCAAUGGCGUCAUGUCCCAGUCACUGUUCGGCUCCGCUGAGCUAUUGUGCCCCAAGCGGCACAAUCAGGAGGAUCUAAUGUCGAAGAGCGUCAACGAGAACAUGUUCCACAACAACAAAAUCGAACUGCCACACGGUGGGCAGGUGACGAGCACACCGAAGCGGGCGCCGUUGCAGAUUUACGACGCCGGCAGCUGUGAGCAGAUUAGCUUCAAUUUAUCGCUGCGCAGCGAUCGAUUCGAAGUGAAUCCGCUGGAGCGGCGCGUGCCCUCGCAGGAUGACAUCGACCGCAGCUGCAAAGUGGCCAACGAUGCGCCGAUUUCGACCAGCCAAGGAGCCAGCACCAAAAUCUUCGACAGCAUCAAAGAAAUCGAACGCAAUCGAAAGCUGCUGCUGGCCCAGCAAGGUCACCAGGUCAUUGAGCACGAGCGCCAAAAGAUGUACGAUCUGAAGAAGAAGAGCCACGACGAGGCACGCACACAGUAUUUGCUCUCCAUGCAGCAGACAACAGAGUCGACGAUUGAGCCACCACGACCGCCACCCAAGCACGCUCCACUGAACGCCAACGGCGGCAAAGAUGCCAAACUGUUUGACAAGCUCGAAAUGCAGAAGCUCAACGAUGAAACAGCUCCACAACAACAACAACAACAUAAGGCACAGCAUGAUAAAGAGAAAAAUGCGUCAGGUGAUGGCAGCGCCAGUUCGAAAACCGCAGCAACAACAACGACGUCGACGUCGACGUCGACGCCAACAGCAAAUCAACAGCAACGUCACUCGCAACCGGAACUGGAGCAUCAUGGAUUGGUGGCUGCUGGCGCUGCUCACGGCACGGUGGCGCGCAGUCCGCGGCCGCUGUCGGAGGCGAACAACUGUGAGGCGGCCAUCGAAGCGCCCAAGUUUGCCGCCAACGGCGAUGCCGGCAUGCCGGAUAACAAGCGCGCCAGCAGCAAUAGCAACUCACAGGACACGGCCUCGGCGGGCAGUGGGAGCAGCAGUGGCGCCGGCACCGGCAGCAGCAGCGCCAGCGCCAAUGGCGGCGAACGUAAGCGGAUGCUGCCCAAGCAUCAGCGUCCACUGACACGUUACCUGCCCAUCUUCUCGCCAGACCUGAACCUGCGCCAUCACAUCGAGACAGCCGGCCAUCAGAUCGAUCUCUGUCCGCAUGUGUUUGUCGAUGCGCACAGCUGUCGCGGUUACCUGCACAAAUUGGGCGCAACAUUUCAUGCCUGGUCGCGUCGUUGGUUUGUGCUCGAUAGGCAGCGCAGCGCCCUCAUCUACUACUCGGAUAAGUCGGAGCGGAAGCCACGCGGUGGCGCCUACUUUGCCACCAUUGACGAGGUGUAUUUGGAUCACUUGAAUGCCUCGAAGAGCGGUCGACCGCAUUGUACGUUCAUUGUGAAGACGAAGAAGCGUAGCUAUAACCUGCAGGCGGCUUCCGAUGCAGCGGCACGCAUCUGGAUCGAUGCCAUUAUAACGGGCGCACAGGGAAACUUGGACUAUUGAUAAAAGCGCAAGGGAAACCCUGUGCGGCUUACCAAACACACUGAAAUGGUUUUAGCUCAACUAAAUUGUAAACUUGUAGAUAUGUAAGACAAUUAAAUAUAGUCGUUAGGAUAGCCUACAUAUAUACUGUAUGUAAAAAGAAAAACAACGGAAACAGAAACAUAAAAUACCAAGAAACUAGAAGCAACCAAUUUUGGCAACUAACGAAAUCCGAGAUUUCAGUACUGGACCAAAGUGAAGAAUGUAUUUUUUAUGCUUUUAAUUUGUCAUAAUUUUAGUAAACUAAGCACUAUAUUUAUAUACAAAACAUAUAUCAUUCACACAGAAAUACUAUAUACAUA